ACCAACUCUGCGCGUCUGUGUGUAAACAACGACAACGACACAGCGACGGGGAUAUAUCGGAUAGAAACAAUCGACAACGACGACGACGAUAGUACAGCGACGACAAGGUGAUACUGUUGAUAUAUACUACCUACCAAAGGAAGAGGCACACAUGCCCUUGAAAACGCAACACACGCAAUAACACCUACUCUGGCUACGGCCCCUUAUCACCACCCACCCACCACUACAAGCAGCUGCCACACCACACCACACCACCACAAGGAGCAGCACACACGCACACGACCACCACGAUGGGCGAGAAACUCACCGAUGUAGCGGCGCAAGCCCUACUCACCCUCCUCCGCAGCGACUCCUCCGUCGACUCCAAAGUCGCCUCCCUCACCACCGCAAAAUCAUCCAUAAAACAACACAACCUCCCCGACGCCUGCGUCCCCCCCCUCUUCGAAUCCGCGCGUCUCGCCAUGGUCUCGCAGCACACCGCCCUCGUCAACGCCGGCUUCACGACGCUGAACCACCUGCUCACGCGCAUGACGAGGCAGGAACCGAGAGCGAUUGUGAGGGAGACGAAAGCGACGUUGCCGCUUGUGCUGGAGAGGGUUGGGGAUGCGAGGGAGAAGUAUAGGGGGUUGGCGGGGUUGUGUUUGACUGCGUUUUGGAGGGUGGCGGGGCCGGAGGUGGAGAGGGGGGUUAGGGAGGGGGUGUUGGGGGGGAGGAGUGGGAGAGCGAAGGAGGGAGGGAUGGGGUGGAUUGUGCAGAUGCACGAGGAGUACGGACUACAGUUCAGAUCGUUUGUGCCCAGUCUCAUGGAGCUCCUCGAAGAUGCAGAUGGCAUGGUUAGAGAUUGUGCCAGGAACACAGUCAUUGAGCUGUUCCAAAACGCACCCAACGCAGCAAAAUCCGACCUCAAGAAACAACUCAAAGCAUUCAACGUCCGCACCACCAUUGUCUCCGCCAUCACCAGCCAACUCAGCCCCACCGGCGCAGACCCCGACCCAAUCGACCAACACACCGCAAGCCCCAACCUCCGCUCCCACCACUCCGAGAGCACCACUUCCGCCUCCUCCACCACCGCCCGCCCCGUGACCCCCGUCAUCGAGCAGCGCGUGCUCGAGCACGUGGAACCCGCCUACGUCAACACAGUGCGCGAGCUGGAAGACACCCUGCGCGACAUGCACCCCUUCUUCGAGGGCAAGGAGUCGGAGCACAACUGGCUAAAGCGCGAGCAGAGCUGCUCGAAGCUUCGGAAGCUGAAUGCCGGGAACGCACCUGCGGAUUUCCACGACGCGUGGCUGGUGGGUGUUAAGGGGCUGCUGGAUGGGAUUUUGAAGUCGGUGAAUUCGCUGCGCACGAGCUUGUCGAAGGAGGGGUGUGCGGUGGUGCAGGAGAUUGCGAGGACGGCGGGGCCGGGGCUGGAUCCGAUGGUGGAGAUUUUGUUGCAGAAUCUGAUUAAGCUCUGUGGUGGGACGAAGAAGAUCGCGUCGCAGGCGGGUGAUGCGACGGUGGAUAUCAUCAUCCUUCACGUAUCAUACAACCAGCGCAUCCUCCAGCACGUCUGGCUCGCAUGCCAGGACAAGAAUGUGCAGCCGCGCACCUACGCAGCGGGAUGGCUGAAGACACUGCUCAAGAAACUCGCGAACCACAAGAGCACAAUCGAGCACGCCGGCGGCCUCGACAUCGUCGAGAAGUGCGUCAAGAAGGGCCUCGCGGACCCCAAUCCCGGCGUCCGCGAGAAGAUGCGCGGAACCUUCUGGCCGUUUGCGCAGAUGUGGCCCGCUAAGGCAGAGGCAGUAAUGUCAGCCCUCGAGCCCGCACAACUCAAGCUCCUCCAAAACGACCCGGGUAACCCCAACUCCCCCAAGAAAACCAACCCCGUCGCCCGCCCCGGCCUCGCCAUGUCAAAGAGCACCGGCCCGCCGAAACCAUCAUUGAGAGAGGCACUCCUCGCGCAGAAGAAGGCUGCAAUGGCAGCUAAGACUCUCCCAACCCGCCCAGGCUCAGCAAUGUCCUCCUUCUCCCCAAUGCGCACCGCGAGCGCACAGUCGAAUUCCUCGACCGCCACUGCGCAGCCGGGACGCUCGCGGCCGGAGAGCACAACGACGAGCCAUGGUGGACUAUCAGUUGCGCCGAUGCGACCGACUAAGUUCCGACCCAAGGAGCCGCCGCGACCUGCUACUGCGGGGCCGUAUUCGGUGAGGCAGGGCCCUGCUGGCGCUACUGCGACGCCGUCGACGACGAGGCCGGCGGUGAGGACGCCGAGCGCGGCGACGGUGUCACCGAAGCGGAGUGCGGUGCCGAGACCGAAUACGAGUCAUUCUAGUCAUGCGAGCCAGUCGUCUAAUGCGAGUCCUAUACGGGAGAAGGUGAGUGUAGCUCGCGAGGCCAACGUUGCUAGGGAGGAAAUGGUGGUGAGGGAGAGCCCUCGUGUUGCUAGGGAGGAAAUGGUAGCAGCGCGUGAGAGCCCUCGUGUUUCCAGGGAGGAAGCGCUGAUGGCACGGGAGAGCCCUCGUCCGAGGCCGCAACAGCAGACGCAGACGCAGACGCGUGAUUACAUGUCCAGCCCCUCAAAAGCAGACGAGGAUUUCACAAUGGUAAUCCCAACCCUCACCAGUCUCCCCUUCUCCUCCUCCGCACCGCCUCCAGCCAGCCCACCACCUCCAACACAGCAAAAGGAACCCGCUCCCCGCCUCGCCACGCCCGCCAAAUCGGUAAAGGUCUACGAAGACCCCUUCUCCUCCGCCGGCGACGACGAGACCACACCCCGUCCCCCGCUCCCCGCUACGGUACUGGAAGAAGUCUCCGUGAACGAGGAGACUUUCUCGCUUCCACCUCCGCCAUCGCCGCCUAAGGCGUCGACGAAUGGACUUCUUGCGUCGCCGGAGAGGGCGAAGAAGGAUGUGCGGUUGUUGGAUAGCGGGAUCGCGAAGGUUAAGGCGCAGUCUCUUGACGUCCACGGGUUCAGGAAACUGCAAUCCCUCAUCCGCGACUCCAGCCGCGACAUCUGGGGCCCUGCUACCCCCGGUGGUGAGGGGAGAUUCGACGCCUUGCUGAGCGGGCUAUUCACAUACCUCGCCGGCCCCGCCACCGCCCUGGCACCAGAGAAGGUUCAGGAUGUCAAGGCGCAGAUCCUAGCUACUAUCCGCGCGAUGCUGAGGAAGGAUCGUGAUGCGUUCGCGGCGAGGGGGGAGGAGGGGAUCGCGGCGCUUCUGGCUGCUAGGGCGAGGUAUGAAGGGCGCGCGCAUAUCGUUGCGGGGCUUGAGGUGCUUGCUCAGGAGCUGGUGGGGUUGGGUGACGCGGAUUCGGUUGCUGGGACUGUGGUGCGGAGACUUGAAGGGGAGGAGAUGGGGGUGGAGGGGUGCCGAACUCUCAGUAUGGGAUUACGGAUGUUAACUGGUCUUCUCGAGGGACCAGGGGGUUACGUGCCUGGUGAGGAUAGGGCGGCGGAGAUGGGACGUCUGGCAGGGAGGUGUCUGGAGAGCGGGAAUAGUGGGGUUAGAAUGGAUGGGGUGGGGAUGUGUGUGGCGCUGCAUAGGGGGGUGGGGGAGGGGAGGUUCUGGGAGGUUAUGGGGGGGGUGGGGGGGGAUGGGAAGAGUUUGAUUACUUAUUAUAUUGUUAAGAGGCAGAGGGAGGCGGGGGGGGUGUAG